CUGCAGAUCCUACAAGACUUGAUGGAUGCAGCCUGGCGUCGCUCUGUGGCCAUCUACAUCCUGCUUGAUGCCCAGGGUGUACCACACUUCCUGGACAUGUGCUCCAGGCUUCAGGUUGGAGCGCAGCACCUUCGGAAUAUCCGCACCAGAUCCCUCCAGGGUCCUGGGUUUGGCCUGUCUUUUGGCAGACUGCCUGGUUCACUCUCCAAUAAAUACAUGCUUGUAGAUGGGGAGAAAGUUGUGUUUGGCUCCUACAGUUUCUCCUGGUGUGCGUCUCGUAUGGACCGGAACAUGAUAGUCGUGAUGACGGGCCAGGUGGUCGACUUCUUCGACCAGGACUUCCGUGAGCUCUACGCCGUCUCCGACAAGCUAAACCUCUACAAGGAGUUCCACAUCAGCCCGCCCGCCAACAAGGUGGCCCCUGCACGCCCCAAAGUGGGGCCCAAACACCUACCUUCGCCGGCCACUACUACCACUACUACUUCGCGUUUCCAGGUCAGCUUAGGCGACUCACGAAAGGUUAAUCUCCAGGUGCCUGCUCACAAAUACCACAACCCCAAAUAUUUCCUGGCAUUUGGGGACCAGGCGGGUGCCGCGGGUCCCUUACAGGGGAUAGCGGGGCGGAAAGACCCAGGCCUGCCCGAAGCUCCUGAGGAAGCAGACCCUGGGAGCGCACAAGCCCUCGGCAGUGAGAUGAUGGACAGACUGACUCCCCUUUCUCCGGGGAGCGGGAAAGCAGGCUCCAAGAAGUCUCACGGGGGGACGUUGGAGAGGAAGCCGAGGCCUUCGCUGAAGCAGAGACUCUUCAGCAGGAAGUCGGCCAGUAAUAACUCAGUAAACAGCCCGGACAGCGGCCCGUGUCCAUCGCCCACGUCGAUUGAAGCCAGCCAGAUGGAUGAAACGGAGGACAGCUUUGAGGUGGUGGUGAAAAGACCAUCUAAAUGGAGGAGCAGAAAGUCAUCUAAAAUGGGCCCGAAGAGUGAAUCCUCAAACACUGUCAAUACCACACGAGACAACGAGAGCAUGAAAAGCCGGUCACGAUCAAAACAACUUUGCGUCCCGUCCUGAGGCCGAGCAGCUCCCUCCCGGCGUCCGACCACGGAGCGAAGCCGCGUGUUGGAACCAUCCUCCCAAAUGGCCUGUUUGGAGUAUUUAGCUUUUUUUUUGGUUUUUUGUGGCCUCACAGCAAGA